UAUAUAAUCUGUGGCUAUAUAAUCUGUGCUUUAGUGUGCGCUUAAAAAUUCUUUAAUUUUUCUCAACAUACGCUAAAAUUUACAUCAAAUAAUGGUUUACAACAGGCAGUGUAAGUUAAUUAUAUCGCAUAGAAACCAUGUAAAUAUUAGUCGCUGUGUCAAGUGUACGUAGUUAACGAGUGUUUGAUCCCUUUCGUCUAACGCUAAAAAAGAUUUAGACAAAUAAAAGAUAGGUAAUAAUUUAAUCUGUUUACUAAAAAAAUUAGUGUUUGCUCUAAGAUAUAUAUUGUUUUACCAGAUAAUACCCGGAAUUCUACCGGCCGGUACAAUACAACGGGACAGUUUGUGGCAGCAGGAGCGCAUAUUGCCGAGCCGCACGAGCGCUGGUACUGGAUAUGCAAAGUCAACAGUUACUCUCUGACUGGCACUAGGGCCUUGAACAUCUGUCUGCCUGCAUUGAGCGAGACGAGAGAAUGAAAUAUGCUCCAAGGUCUCCCCCAAUGUUUGGUGUCUACCAGAGGCAUUAUUGUUUUAUAAUUAAUAUUUGUAAUGACUUAAAUUAACGGCCUAUGGUGAAAGAUUUCAGUGAUGUAGCUUGCAGCCUCUCGGAGAGUAUCUCUGUGGGUUGAGAAUACAUUAUGAUCACAAGACAAAAAGUUUCGUGCUCAUAUAGGGUUCUCUAGACUUAAGUAGACAGUAAGCUGCACCGGAUUCCUAGCAUGUGCACAUCCUCUGAAAUUGUAACUUCAAAAUUCACUUCAAACUCAUGGUGAUUGAAAACAAUAAAUAAUUUAGUUAAAACCAAUAUGCUUGCAAAAUAAUAUGACAUGAUUUUAUGUCAUAUAUGGUGUAAUAGUGUGGUAGGGAACAACUAAAUUAGUUCAAUUUCAUUGGAUUUGAACAUGACAGGAAUAUGGUUGGAGAUGGGUAAUGUGGAACCACCCUCGCUGUAUGGUUGAAUUAUGAAUGUGGUUCUUAUCCAUCCUUAUUCAUCCCGUUUUCCUUGUCUAUUCCUCCUGUUAUGAAUGUUGAGUGUUUGAGUGAGAGGUGUGACACGUGACCCACAUGGCUGAACCAUGCCAGCUGGUAGUGGGCAGAGACUCCUGGAGAUGGUGUUAUGCUGAUAACAUAGAGGAGUUGUCAUUGUAAGUAAAAAUAUUGUACUCUUAUGUACUCUACUUUUAAACAAAUUAAGAGGUGAAGGUAUUCUGAAUGUUGUAUUUGUUUUUAUUAAAAUAAUAAAACUUGUGCAGUCUUUUGAUGGAUAACAUAACUUUUACUUUAAUUCAACAACAAUCUAUUAUUAGUCAUAUAUUAUUACUGAUAAUAAUAAACUUUAAUUAAAACUUUGCAAUAUUACAUGAAUGAAAGCAUUUUACAAGUCUAACCUCUUCAUUUAUGUGUUUUCAUAAUAAUGUUAGUAAAAUGAAUAAAUAUAUGUACAGAUGAACAUAUAUUUUAAAAGUUAAGUUAUAUUAGUAGUUAUCAGUGAUGUAAUGCACAGGGUAUGUGUAAAAUUAUCCAGAUACCACCUAUACUUUAAAUUGUUAAUUUAAGGAUAAUAACCUAUAACAGAUGAGCAAAGUGGAAUGCCUAGUCUAAAGACAAAUUAAUAGUUUUGUAAUUGAUAUCAUAUUACAAACAUUUGUACAACACAAAUAAAAAUUAUGGCAGAUAUUAAUUUUUUUUUGUGAUGCUGGUGUUGGAUCUUAAUGAUAUGUUUUGAGCUUAUAAAAAUUUCAUUCUCCACUGCUUGUACUAUGACUAGCAGCAACAGCAGCAACAGCAGCAGCAACAACAGCAGCAGCAACAGUUCCAGCCGCCGCUGCCGCCCAUGCCGCCGCAACCUCUGCAGACUCAGUACCAACGAAAUGUACAAACGGUCAACAUCCAACCUCCUAUGCCCCAACAACAACAACAACAACAAUAUCCAAACAACAAACUGCAGAAAAGAUACACUAUUUACAUUAUCAAUUUUUUAUCAAGAAGACUGGAAAGUGAGAAGAAUUCUGCAACAUUAUGGCUUUUAAACAAAUCUUUACUUUUUAAUUUGGAGAUUCCACUAACUCGCACCACGAUUCACCUCUACAUUCAUCGUGCAAACUGCAAAGCUUUGGAAUUCGCUACCGGACUCGCUGUUUCUGGACAAAUACAAUCUGGGACUCUUCAAGUCAAGAGUGAAUCGGUUCCUUCUAGGCAAGCACGCUCAAUCUAUGACCACUGCAUUGCUUACCAUCAGGAGUCGGAUGUUGAAAUGAAAGCAGAACCUGAUGCGGAAUCGGCCGGCGGCGAUGACUCCGACCCCACCCGUCCCUCCUGGAUGAAGAUCAAGUCACCUGGAAUUACAUGCUGA